AUGGCCUCCGCCCCGCUCCACACACAUCCUGUGUGCCUGGGCCUGCGGUCAGAGCCCCCACGGCCACCGCCCUCGGAGACCUGGGAGAGGGGGCCUGUGGACGCUGCCCCCACCUCGAGGGGCCGGCACCUGGAGCUCCGGCUCGCAGACUGGUUUGACCCCAGGAAGCGCCCGGAUGUCAUCACGACCACCCCGUGGCUGGCGCCCGUCGUGUGGGACGGCACCUUCGACACACAAGCCCUGGAGAAGUUCUACCGGCGGCAGAACCUCACGGUGGGCCUGGCCGUGUUCGCCGUGGGCAGCUUUGCAGAGGAGUCGCUGCUGCUGUUCCUGCGGCUGGCGGACGCGCACUUCCUGGCGGGCCACAGGGUGGUGUUCUACGUGCUGAGCGACGGGGACCUGGCGCUGCAGGACCUGCGCCUGGGCCCGCUGCGCGCGCUGCGCACGCUGGACAUGGGCGGCCAGCACGCGUGGCCGGAGGCGCAGCUGUGGCGUAUGCGCAGCCUGGGCGAGCACAUCGUGCAGCGCAUCCAGCACGAGGUCCAGUUCCUGUUCAGCGCCACGGCCGAGCAGCUCAUCCAGAGCGCUGUGGGCGCCGAGGUGCUGGGCGCCUCGGUGGCGCGGCUGCACGCCUGGUGGUACUUCCACGGCACCAGGAACCUGCCGUACGAGCGGCGGCCAGCCUCGGCCGCCUACAUCCCCUUCGGCCAGGGCGACUUCUACUACGACGGCGCCCUGGUGGGCGGCACGCCCCUGCGCCUGCUGGACUUCAUCGAUGAGUACCUGCGGGGCGCGGCGCACGACUUCCAAGCCGGCCUCAACAGCACCUACGAGCGGCACCUCAACAAAUACUUCUUUGUGCACAAACCCAGCAAGCUGCUGUCCCCCGAGUACGGCUGGGACACCACCUUCAACCCGCCGCCCCAGAUCCGCUACGUCAAGGUGGCCCAGCAGCCGCGGCGCGGGUGGUGA